UGCGUGCCGUGGCUGCUGUUGGUUGCCAGGUGUUCUCUGGAAGCGUCUCGUGCAUCGAUUGUUGCUAUCCUUUAUAAGCAAGAUAUGUAUCCGUUUGCGUCAAGCCUGAAAUGAAUGUUAACGCGUUGAAUUCACUGACUGAAUUGUCCUUUCAUUGAUAUCGGGAGACUAUAAGAAGCGAAAACGGUUACAAUGUAAAAAAAGCAAGAGAGAAGUGUGCAGCAGAUUUGUCGGAUUCAGUUUGCAAAUGAACACAGAUUAUAUUGGAAAAUGGGAGAUAUUUUGGUUUACGAAGGCGAGCUUCUUGGAAUGGUGAAGGAGUAUUUAAGGUUUGCCGAAUUUGAUGAAACUGUGAAACUUUUUGAGAAAGAAUGCAAGACGAAAGGAAAGCCUCUUCCAAAAACCACGGGGAAUGUCUUGAGAGACUCCAAAACAUUAAUUAUUCAGAAGGAGAUGAUCAGCUCGUUUGAGGAUGGAGAUCUGAAAGUGUUCUUUGAGCUGUGGAAUGAACACAUCCCUGCGCAGAUUCGAGACGUUGACCUUCUCGCCCAGAAACUUGAGUUUUAUCUGCACAUCCACUUCGCGAUCUUCCCACUGAAACACGUCCUAGGAACACCUGACAGAACGGAUUUUGAGGAGAGGAUAACACACUUCAGGCAUUACCUGGAGACAAGAGGAGCAGCGCUGAGCCAGACCACCGAGUUCCUGCCCUUCUACGCCUUGCCCUUUGUGCCUAAUCCCAAAGUGCAUCCGUCUUUCAAAACUCUCUUCCAGGAUGCUUGGACCCCGGACCUCAAGACGAGGCUAGAAAAAUUUCUGUCUGUGACACUAAAAGCCAGCAGUACUCCAAAAUUGCUUACUUUAUAUAAGGAUAGCGGGCAAGGCAAUAAAGACAUACUGCAACAGUUAGUUGAUGCAGAAAGGAGAGCUGCAACCUACAUGAAGAGGUACAACAAGAUGCAGGCUGACUACCACAACCUUAUCGGUGUCACAGCAGAACUGGUCGACUCACUGGAAGCUACAGUCAAUGGCAAAAUGAUCACACCAGAAUACCUCCAGAGCAUCUGUGUCCGUCUGUUCAGUAACCAGAUGCGGCAAAGUGUGGCACAAAGCAUUGAUUUCACCAGGCCCGGGACUGGAUAUUACUCUAUGAGCCCUAAUGACAAUGAUGACGGAUAUGCUUCAUCUAUGCUGAGAGCAUCCAUUCCCACUCCGAAGUCCAAAGACGUGCCGUUGCUGCCCUCUUUAGACUAUGAGAAGCUGAAGAAAGACCUGAUUUAUGGGACAGACCGCCUGAAGGCUCUGUUGUUGCAAGCGCUGCGCUGGAGACUGACUAAGUCUUUCCAUGGGGAGCAGAGGGAGACAGUGCUCCAGGCUUACAUCAGCAAUGAUGUUCUGGACUGUCACAGCACUAGCCAGAAGAAUGUGCUACAGCUGCUGAACUCUAAGAAUGAGGUUGUCAGGCAGUACUUGGCACGACUGAUCAAUGCUUUUGCCUCACUUUCAGAAGGUCGCAUGUACUUGUCCCAGAGCCCUGUCCUGCUAAGAGUUCUAGAGAGCACUCUGAGGGUGGAAGAGAAGGAUUCUCUUACCAGGGAGAAUGUGCUGGGAGCUCUGCAGAAGCUCAGCCUUAAACGUGCUCUGCAGUCGACUAUGAUCCAAGAUGGUUUAAUUCCCUGGCUUGUUGAUGAGCUCCAGGACACAGAUGCACUUUCUGACUACACUUUGGAAUAUUCCGUAGCUCUCUUAAUGAAUCUCUGCCUGAGAACACAAGGCAAAAGGAAGUGUGCUCAGAAUGCUAAACACGUGCUGAAGGUUUUGACUGAUCUCCUGGGACAUGAAAACCAUGAGAUCCGGCCCUAUGUGAAUGGAGCCCUGUACAGCAUUCUUUCUGUGUCAGCAGUGCGAGAGGAGGCCAGGGCCAUGAGCCUGGAGGAGAUACUUCACUGCUUCAGCAAGGAGGAAAAUGCUGAGAUGAACAGACAGAUUGAGUUCAUCAUCAAACAACUAAACUCGGAGGAAGUUUCAGAAGACGGGCCUCAAUCUGAUGAUGAAGACGAAGAGGACGAUGAGGAUGAAGACCAGGAUGCAAUGGAAGCAGAUCUGGACAAAGAAGAAGUGGUUCAGCCACAGCUCAGGGAGCUUUCAGGCGAAGCGCUGCUGACAACCGAGUACCUGGGGAUCAUGACAAACACGGUGAAGGCGAAGAGGAAGUCGGCCCAGGCCAUGAGUCAGGUCGUCGAUGAGCCACUUCAGCGACCUGUCACCCCCAGUUCUCACCGCACAACCUACACGCCGGAUUCCAGACUGGGCAGUGGAGGGCGUUGUGCUCUCAGCACGCACAGGAGCGAGGUCAGCCUCCCCCAGUCCCAGUGUAGCUCCCGACCUCCGACCCGCAGCGGGAGCAGGCCGAGCAGUGCGGAGUCUCUCAGCCCCAUCCUUGCUGCAGACGCGGACUGUGGCCGGUCCUCUCAGCGACUGGGGCUGAGUGGGCAUCUUGAAGCACUCUCUUUGCAGCCCCUGCCCAGCCGGGCUCCAGAAGAGAAUGGUCUUUCUGGCAGCGAGAACAUUCCUGGAUUUACAAGUCGACCCAGGAUCCCCCGGACUCCUGACUGUGGGUCCACCAGCCCUCGAAAGGCCCGGACCCCCACUCUGGCACCACAGUUCUCCCAGUCCGGCCCCCAGCAGACCAGCAGGCCCAGCUCUGCAGGUUCCCUGGGCAGAAGCCGGCAGAGCAGCCAGUCAUACAGGAAGUGAAAACAGACCUUUCACCACAUGAGUGGCCUACAACCAUAUCCCCUGAGGUUGAUCGGACUUCCUGUAACUUCAUCCACACUGCUUAUCAGGAUCAUGGCAAUGGAGCCAGGCCUGGGCCUCAGGUAUGGAACAAUACGCAGGAUUGUCACACUGCAGUCUCCUCUGAGCACUUCUGUAAUAUAAGCCGCUCGGCAAUAAUCA